CAGGGCGACACAUGUGAAGCAUGAAGCUGGCAAACCUUGUCCUUGGUGCCAUGACCCUCCUUCUUCUGGGUGGCUGUGACAUUGUCCUCAGCACCUCCAGUGGGAACCUGCACACUUUCGUGGGCUGUGCUGUGAGGGAGUUCACUUUCCUGGCCAAGAAGCCAGGCUGCAGAGGACUUCGCAUCACCACCGAUGCCUGCUGGGGCCGCUGUGAGACCUGGGAGAAACCCAUUCUGGAGCCGCCUUACAUCGAAGCCCAUCACCGAGUCUGUACCUAUAAUGAGACCAAGCAGGUGACUGUCAAGCUGCCUAGUUGUGCUCCAGGAGUGGAUCCCUUCUACACCUACCCGGUGGCUGUCCGCUGUGAUUGCGGGGCAUGUUCCACUGACACCACCGAGUGUGAGACCAUCUGA